AUGUUCCAGGAGAAGAACCUGGUGACAGUGUGGUCGGCCCCCAACUACUGCUACCGCUGCGGCAACGUGGCCUCCAUCCUCAUCUUCAACGACCAGCUGCAGCGGGACGUCAGAUACUUUACGGAGACCGCCGAAAACUCCACCAUGAUGGCGCCACGCACGGCCGCGCGGUACUUCUGGUGA